AUGAAGUUGUUCUGCCAAUUUGGGGCUUUGGCAUUCUUGUGCCUUGCCCAAUGGGCACAGGGCAGGAUCUUGCCCACUGAUUCGGCAAACACGGUUCGAUUUGAGAUCAAUUUAACAUGGGAAGAUUGGCAUGAUGCUCCCGGUGCACCCAGGAAAAUGAUCUUUACCAAUGGUCAAAUCCCAGGCCCUGAGCUUCGGUUGAAACAAGGUGAUAACGUUGAAUUCUAUGUCAGCAACAACCUUCCUUACGCGACCACAGUCCACUUCCACGGGAUUGACCAAAUAGGGACACCAUGGUCCGAUGGUGUUCCGGGUUUGUCGCAGAAGCCUAUCCCGGCCGGCGGAAAUUUUCUGUACAAAUGGGUCGCAACGCAAUACGGAAGCUACUUCUACCACGCCCACACCCGGGGUCAAAUCGAAGAUGGUCUCUAUGGACCGAUCUAUAUCAGCCCCGACAAUUCGGUUCAGAAAUCAUUCCACUUGAUUACCAAGAACACAACGGAGCUGCGACAGAUGGAAAGGGCCGAAAAGCGGACCUCCCCUGUGAUGCUUUCCGACUGGCGUCAGUUGACAUCGGAGGAGCUGUGGAACGCCGAGAAGGCCAGCGGACGCGACGCUUUUUGCUCCAAUGCGCUCAUGAUCAACGGCAAGGGGUCUAUCAACUGUUUGAGCAGAAAUGCGCUCAACGAGUAUACCACUGCCGCACAGAAAAUAGUCCUUGGAAAACAGACUCUGACUGAUAUUGGAUGCUUACCUCCCUCGAAUACAGUCGCGGAGGGCACUUAUGCUCACAACCUGAGUGCUAUUCCACCCACCGUCUUUUUUGGAUGCAAGUCACACCAAGGCCCUAGCGAAGUGUUUACGGUUGACCCGAUUCACGGCUAUGUGAGCUAUGAUCUGAUCAGCUCCGCCGGUGUUGCGACCCUGAUGUUCUCCAUCGACGAGCACAAGAUGAUUGUUUACGCUGUUGAAGGACAGUAUGUGGAGCCAGUGGAGGUGGAUGCCAUCACAUUGACAAAUGGAAACCGAUACUCAGUCAUGGUGAAGCUUGACAAGCCAUUAGGUGACUACUCAGUUCGCCUGGUGAACUACGGCGUCAACCAGAUUCUCAACACUACCGCAACCUUCAGGUACGAGACACAUCAUGCGCCUUGCCCAAAAAUGAAAAACGGUCCCUCGAAGCCAUCCAUCAGCAUCACUGGAUCAAACACCACCGCCGAAACAGUCAUCCUCGACGAGUCAACAAUCAUUCCAUACCCAUCAUCUUCUCCUUCUCAUCACGUCGCCCAAACCCUUGUUCUGAGAAUCGGCCACUACCACACUUCCUACCGUUGGACACUGGGCAAUUCCAGCUAUGCACUCUCCCUCGAGCAAGCCCGUCCCCUCCUCUUCUACCCCAACAGCUCAGUCGCGCACAGUGACCUGACCGUGCACACAAAGAAUAAUACCUGGGUGGAUUUCAUUUUCUAUGUAUACGAGCCACUGCAACCACCCCACCCCAUCCACAAGCACUCGAACAAAUACUAUGUCAUUGGCCAGGGGCAAGGCGUUUGGAACUACACUUCCGUGGCGGAGGCCAUGGAGCACAUCCCCGAGAGCUUCAACCUCAAGAACCCCCAGUACAGGGAUACGUUUGCGACUCCUCCUGCCGCAACGGGGCCGACGUGGAUGGCCAUCAGAUACCACGUUAUCAAUCCCGGAGCGUUUCUGAUGCACUGCCAUAUUCAGGUUCAUCUUAGUGGUGGUAUGGCAGUUGCGCUCCUUGAUGGUGUUGAUAAGUGGCCGAUUAUUCCGGAGGAGUACAGACUUGCCGAGAGCAUGGCGGAAAAUAACGACACGAAGUGA